AAAUUUGCCUUUUAUUGUGUCCGCCUGCAUGUAUUAAAUGGUUUAGUUGUUUUCAUCGUUUUUUUUCAAAUGGCUCAUUAGUCAGUGUGCUAAUAGCGUUUGCAUAUCUCUAUUCGUUUGUCUAAGGGUGAGUUAGAACAAUAAGGUGGAAAGUACCACGAGCUUAUAUAUGUUACAUCGCUAAGCUAAGGGUGAAAAAGUACGCUUUUAGUCAGACUUGUUGGUUUUUCAUAGUUAAUCCGUUUUUAAUUACGGCUAAAGGUGUUUUAAAACAAAAUAUUCACGUACCUCCCUGCUUUGAAUACUUAGUACAGCGAUGCUGGUUUCAAAGGGUUCAGUGAUUCAUGGUGACCCUUAAAAUUAUAUACAAAAUUGUUCAUUUCUCCUGAAGAUGUAUUCUUGUUAUUUAAGCUCCCGAUUUUUAGUGCCGACGGUAUGCAAACUUUAUAAAAGUUUAGUAUUUUGUAUUCUCUCCUUUAAUAUCUCUAGUGUUGGCAAUUUUCUCUUCUUCUCCUCCUUUCACUAAGUUUAGUUUAAUAAAAAUCUAACAGUACCUAAUUCAUUCUUCAGAAAGCCUUGCAACUUCAGAAUUUGACGAGAAUGCCUUUAACAGCAAGAUUAUUCUUUCACAGGUACUUACAACUGACCCUGAUUUUUCAUUCAUGUUGCUCUUUUGAAAAACUGAACUAAAGCUCUACUUUUUGUGAUUCUCCUGCUUUGAAAUGUUUAAACCCUUCCUUACGCACACUUUGUUCCAGAUUUUUUUCUUCGAAAUGUCAACUGAAAAAAUCGCCAACUGAAACUCUUUGUUAUGGCACUGAUUAAAAGAAAAAUUCUCAUCAGUCGCGAAGUCUUGAACACGAAGUCUUGAACACGAAGUCUUCCACACGUUAUCAGUUCUUUUUUUGCAAAAGAGAGGUUUUCCAAAAUACGGAUUUUUCUCUCUUAAAAUGUCAGUUAACCGAAAAUGAAAUAGACACAGCAUGUUUUGUAAUGAUUUUCCAAGUUUCAGCCGACGAGGGAAUGGGUAAAUAAAGUAAACUUGUCGAGUUUUCAACUAAAAACUUUUUCAAAUUCGUGGUUGCCUGAUUAGCGCGCGAAAAACAAAACAUCUUGAAGUCAUAACCAUGAUUACAUACACUCAUACAAAUAUGCUUCCGGGCCAAUCAGAGCGCGCGUACUAUCUUAGUUAAUUUAUAAAUUGUAAUUGGGCACGCUGAUGGCGUCAGCAAACUAGUAUGGACCGUUUUCACAUGACGUCACGGGGGCCAUUUUGGUGUUCCAUACCAAUCCUGUGGGAGUUGAACUCUUUUCUUAUGCAAACCUUUUCUUUUGUUCUAAUAAAUUUGCACAGAUGCUGGACACGUGACUGAAAACGCUCUAUAUACAGCUAUUUCGAGAGAGGUUGUCGGGAAGAAUGUGCAAGCGACAAUCUCGCAGAGUAAUAUGGGAUAUGAUCAAUACAUUGUUCCUGACACUGUAGUUGUUUAACCUACUUUUGUUGCUUUCCUUUAGCACUUGCAAACGUAAGUCCACGGCCUGUCGUGCCAUUCUUUCAAAUUUCUUUGAAGAACAGUGAACUUAAAACCAGCUACAAUACCUUUAGGGAUUGUCGCGUGUACUUUUCCCGACAACCUUUCUCGAAGUAGCUGUGUACUCGCGCUGACGCAUGCAGUUGUUAAUUAAUGGGUUCUACCAAUCAAAUUCAUUCAAUUUUCUCUAUCCUUCAAGAGCGCAUCUGUGCACAAACUGCUUUGCGUGGCCGGAAUUAACUAUUGUUACCCAAAGGGUGACGUCGUCGGAAUGGUUCACGGCCGAAGAAAAAAAUAGAGUGAAUAAAUUUAGAAUGACUGAAUUUAUCUGCACCAGACAAAAAACUUGAACUAAUCACUAAUCGCAAGAUCAUAAUUUAAAAGGACGCCAUUAUCGGCCACGCCGUUUAUUUGUCCAGUCGCAAUGCGAAUUAUUUGCAUCAAUGUCAAACAUAACUCUGUCGCCCCUGUGGCUUCCUUUCUUUCUGUAUUUUAGCUAAGCAGUAAAUAUUUCAUGAAGCCUUUUAGUUUAUAAACUCAGUUUAAUUUGACAUUGUAGGAAAUAAUCGAACGGCAAUUACAGCGUAUUUCGACUAAUUAUAGCUGAUCUUAUGAAAAACAGAGGUCGUGUGAUUCCAUCCGUUAAUAGCUUUUUAAACAGGCAAACAGGUGGUAAAGAAAGGGCAACUAAGAAAUCAACGAAAUAAAUCGAAUACAACGAAUAGAUCACAAAACACGUUUUCUCUUCUCUUGAUUUCUCUUUGGGCAGUUUUUCUUUUUAAAAGUAGAAAAUUCAUGACUUGUGCAAGGGGAAGAGGUCUUUCGAACCAUACGCAAAUGAGCGCGAUAUAGUAAAAUAAGAAAGAGGAAAAAGGCAAAAAGAGAGGGGAAAACCAGAACGUGGAAACCAACAGCAAACUCAGCCCACAUGUGACGUCGACGAGGGGGACUGAACAUGGGCCACAUUGAGUGCUCUUAGCUACUGCGCUGUUACAGUGAUAUGGGCAUCCCCGCGCUUUGGGCAUCCCCACUCCCCAAACCCUAGUAAUAUGGGCAUCCCCUUCUCAUAUCACCUUGGCGAUUUGGGUUAGGGUUACAGGGGAUGCCCAUUACCCGAUUACGCUGACACGUGAUUAAACAAAGCGGGCUCCCGCUGCGCAGUCGUCACGUACCCGUAUAAAUAAAGUGUUGUUUUCUCUAAAAUGAUGAAGCAACUGAGUUAUUAAUUAUUUUGUCUUUAUAAUAACUUGCCCGCAAUGCAUUGUUUCAAAAGAUCUUAACGUAAAAGUUCCUUUGAAUUUUUCAAAUGCAAUUGAGGCAUUUUCCAUAGAUCACAAACGUCUUCCAAAUUUGAUCAACGCUAGGUUGUUAUGAAGAAUUUGCCGUGUGAUUUGACCCAAUCAGAAAGAGAGAAAUAUUUUGAAUGAAUAUUAAAUAAGGGUUGUUAUUAUCCGUACUGAGAAAACACUACUUUUUAAAACAGGAAAGCUAACGCAAUGUCCAUCCAUGCCAUUAGGGUUUCGAGGAUGCAGUGAAAGAUUCUGUAACAAAAGGGUUUGACGACGCUUCAUGUGAAUUGUACAAACAAGUUAUGAUCAAGAAGGCCUGGUUAGCGGAAAAAGAUCUUCCAGGUAAUGUUUUCAUUGGAUCAGUGUAUAAUAAUUUAUUUCCAAUUGAUGUCUGAACUAAAUCAAUAACGCUUACCAGGAGACUUAUACGGUUCUCUGAUUUGAUGAGAAAAAUAUGUCACUUCGCACUAAACGAGGAGGGCAUUGAUACCGCCGUCAACAAUCGGAAUAAGCUUUUUAUUCACGUUGCUGACAGCCACGCUCCAAUAAGAUAAAUUAGCGCAAAAGCUUAAGUCUUGCAGGUCCUAUAUCUUGUCAAUGCCUACAGUAAACCCCGAGUCCGCUCCGUGAAUUUAAUUUCGAGCCAAUUACUGAAGACUUUCUUCGUCAGCUAAAAGAAAGAUUCAGCCUCAGUAAUCAGUGCCAGUCUAACUAGAUUAUUCAAUCUCUAUCUUGAAACUUGCACCUUCCCCUCCAUUUGGAAAUCUGGAAAAGUGCGAUGCAAACACAACCUCGUCCCCAGAGCUCCAAAGCCAGGGAAAAGUGUCCUGGGGACGAGGUUGCUGCAAAUAACCACAGGCCCAUUACUGUUCUGCCAACCAUAAGUAAAAUCCUAGAAAGAGUGGUCUACACCCAAAUAUACGGUCAUCUUAGGAACAAUGAGAUUAUUACUUCCAAACAAUUUGGGUUUAGACCUAAGUUAUCAACGGGGACAGCCUUGGCUCAUUUCAGACAACAUCCUUCAGAAUAUGGACACUGGCAGUUUGAAAGGAGCUGUUUUUCUGGACCUCUUUAAGUCCUUCGAUACAGUGGAGCAUCACUUGCUAUUACAGAAGCUGACGAACACAGGUCUUAUCUUCGCUACCACCUGGUGGUUUAGAUCGUAUCUCACAAACAGGUCAUAGAUCACAUCAGUUGGCAAUGCGCACUCUGCACCGACCGAAGUGCCUGUCUGUGUACCCCAGGGUAUCGUAUUUGGACCUCUACUGUUUUUGAUUUAUGUAAAUGAUCGGAUUGUCAUUAGGCGAGCGAUAUUAUUCUUUAUGCGGACGAUACUGUAAUAUAUUAUUCAUCCAAAAACGUCAGUGAUCUUGAAAGUCGCACUAAUGCAUACUUACAAACUGUGUCGGAGUGGUUCUCCAGAAAUCGCCUUACUCUAGUACAUAUCGAAAUGUAAUUUUGUCAUCUUUGGAAGUCAUCAAAAACUGAAUCGUAUUCAAGACUUUUCGGUUAAAUUAGAAGGCACCUGUAUUGAAAGAACAGAGUCAUUUAAAUAUCUAGAUGUUAUACUUCACCAAUCUGUAUCCUGGGCAGACCAUGUCGAUUUUAUAAGCGUGAAGAUUAAUCAGACGAUAGGCUUAAUUAGAAGAAUCAGGAACCUAUUGCCGCUACAAACAAGAAUUAGCCUUUACAAUGCCCUAAUUCUCCCACUAUUCGAUUACCGUUAAAUAAUACAAUACAGAAUUACAGAUCCUCCAGAAUAAAGCUGCGAAAGUUGUUCUGGGACACCCACCCCGAACAAUUUCGCCAAAAUCGCCACUCGCCAAGGGGCCUGGUGAUUUUUUGUCAUUUUUACCAGAUUGCCAAUUUCGCAAAAAUCGCCAAUUUCGCCAUUUUCGCCAAAAUCGUCACUCUCCAAGGAGCCACUUUUGGCGUCCAAUUUGAAUUGCCAGCCCUCUGGCGAUCUUUCGCCAUUUUCGCCAUUGCGUGCGUUUCUGGACAUAAGUGACACCGAAGCUCGUCACUCUACUUGCAGCCCGCCUUUUGUCUUAAAAUCAGUCUACUUCUUAUCUCAGCCAGCGCGAUUGCAAACCACGACGUUACGUUACAAUAAGGGAUUGGUACGAGACGAGAAAAGAUGUCUUAUUUUUUCUUCUUGGGCUGACGCCCUCGUUUAUCGCGGCUCUCGUGCUUGAGUUUCGCGUUCAGUAACUUUGCAGAGAAAAAUAAGAGACUGCUCUCAGCCUAUCAUUCUCUAUAAUUAAGAGAAAUUUUCUCGUUACAUUCUCGUGAUCAUCCCUAUACAUUCUGUAUUUCAAAAGAGGACGAUGUGUAAACCGCUGACCAUUCCUGGACAUAUUGAAUUCUGCAUAGCUGACCGUACUUCGUGAAAGUUCAUGUUCAUGUCAAAGUUCAUGUCAAUUGACCAUUCCUAACUCCAAAAUCCAACUUGAAUUCUAACUCGAAAAUCCAACUCGAAUCCUAACUCGAAAAUCCAGCUCGAAACCUAUCUCGAAAAUCCAUUUAGAAAAUGCAAUUCGAAUCCAAACUCGAAAUCCGACUCGAAAAUCCAACCCGAAUAUUAACUCGAAUCCUAACUCGAAAAUCUAAAUCGAAAAUCCAACUCGAAUCCUAACUCGGCAAAUAGAUAUCCUCGUCACUUUCAGUUUGUGGCUCAGUCAGACGGUCGGAAUGUUAAAUGUUGAAAAAAAGACUAUUGGCGUAUUUUGUCAGGUUCCCACCAGUUUGCAGUAAUCAGUGUAAAGCAAGGUGUGUACUUUGGAUGCUUGCGUUUCACCUGGGUCACAUAAAAAUGUCCGUUAUCAGUACUGGCCGGUGUGUGCAUUAAAUUUCAAUAAAGUAACAGAAAAUAUGAUCUUUUCUUGGGAACCUCCUGUCCCUUGUAAGCGGGUGUCCUAACAGAGCGGGGUUCCUUUAGUUGUACCUCAGUUAGAACCUUUAUGGUGUUCCUCCUUUAGAGCUGGAUGAUGAUGAUGAUGAUGACGAUGAUGAUGAGCUUUAUGGAUCAGUAGCGUAUGGAGCAGUGGGGGGUCCAAGUGCCCCUUCAUGGACCGAUCUGCCUCCACCCUCCCUUCUAGGAAAAGACGAUGAACCCUACACCACGUCACCCAAGCGAUCCCCUAGGAAGACACCUGUUACGUCACCUUCGAAGUCUGGAAUGUCAUCACCUGCAGGUUCACCUUCCAAGGUAAGAAAAGGGAAAAAUAAAUAGAUGAGCAGUAGUAAUGCUUACUGACAUAUGACCAAUUUACAUUCCACUAUCAUAGACUAAAAUUUCGACUUUGUAAAAUUAGCGGACACACGCUUGGCUCGCUUUUAAGCGGCAGUCAUCAUAUGACGAAUUUACAUUCCACUAUCAUAGACUAAAAUUUUGAUGAAAUAAAGAUAUUAAAAGACCCUAAAAUACUAAUUUACAAGCUCACGCCAUUAUCACUUUCUCAACCAUUAGCGGACUCACGCUUAGCUUCGCAAUGCUUACUGCUUGGCUCUCCAUUCUGAGUUUUAUUACCUUCCAGUGUGGCCCGGGUUCAAAUCCCGGCGUCGACGCCAUAUGUGGGUUGAGUUUGUUUUUGGUCCUUCCUUUGCUCCGAAAAACUUUGCUCCGGGUACUCCGGUUUUCCCCUCUCCACUAAAACCAACAUUGCCAGAUAUUAAUUAAAACAGGAAUGGCAGACGAAGAACCGCUAUGUGUAAGGUUGUGCUACCUCUAAAUUGUUAUUCAUUUUUAUUUUAUAUAUUCAUGGAAGCAAAGCUUGAACACUUGGUUUAAACAGGUUACCACACGUUUUAGGCCACACGCAUUUUAACCAUCAGAAAGGUGGAAAGGCCCAAAUGUAGCGCUGCCUGUCUUUCAUGUUAUCAUAUCCUUUUUGUCUUUUACCCAGGACAUGGAGCUUCAAAGACGAGAAGCAUUGCAGAAAAAAUUAGCCGAGGAAGCUGAAAGAAAGAAGAGGAAAAAACGCAAGAUAAACUUGUGAUCGAAUCACACUUCUUGCAAUUUUUAUUUAAGUUUACAGCUGUCAUGAGUUAUGCGGAACUGUGCUUAUACGGUACGUACCUUUCCCCACCAAAUUAGUUGCUUAUCAAGAGAUUUUGCCAGUAGUUUAAUUAUCGGUAAAAAAAAGAAAAGUUUAUAACAGUCCGUUUUAAUGGGGUUCACUUAAUUGUGUUUCUACUUAUCUAUGAUUUGUUGACAGUUGUAUGACAUGUUUCACUACCUUGGUUUCGGUUUUUAGAAGUGUCUUCAUAUGCAAUUUUUUGUACAAUGUUUAUUGAACGUGUUUUCCAAUUAAGUUGCGCGUCUUUAAAUAUUUUACGAGAUUACUGCCCUAAUACAAAGGGAAAGACAGUUCUGCAUUUAGUUAUAAAAACAACCUAUGGAAUAAAAGCCAUCGUUGAAAGCAACAACUUCUUUUAACUUAGCACGAAAAUUUACUCGUAUGUCACAUCUUCCUUCAGAUUUU